CUUGAAAUUCCCACCUUUCCUCAUUUGGAUCGUCUUCCUCGUCGCCUUCACCGUUCGGCCACUACUCAAAACUUUCCGAGAAAACUCUAAGAAACGUUCCUCAUCCUCCUUCUUCUUCUCCAAACAGCCAUGGCGAAUUCAAACUCUUUCGACCCAGAAACCUCCACCUACAGGUCUCCUCGCCCACCCCUCCAUUUCCCCUCCGAACCCGACCUCACUCUCACUUCCCAUCUCUUCCGAAGCUACUCUUCCUCUUCCUCAUCUUCUUCCCCGCAGACCCUCGCCCUGAUCGACGCGGACUCCGGCGAGUCCCUCACCUUCCACCAGCUCAAGACCCGGGUCGCCACUCUCUCCCACGUCCUCCUCCACGAGCUCCGCCUCGGGAAGAGCGAUGUCGUCUUGCUCUUCUUGCCCAAGUCGAUUCAUUUCCCCGUCUUUUUCCUCUCCGUCGCGUCCCUAGGCGCCAUCGCCACGACCUGCAACCCCAUGUACACUCUGUCCGAGCUGUCCAAGCAGGUCAAGGACUGUAACCCCAAGCUGGUGAUCACCGCGCCCGUGCUCUACGACAAGGUCAGAGGAUUCGAAUUGCCCACGAUCUCGCUUGGCUUUCUGGAGCCCGCGAAAUCCGCCACUUCCAAGAUCUGGAAUUACUUCGACCUAGUAGAAUCGGUGGAUCCGAAAUCGGACCUGCCGCCUAAUUCCGUGACUCAGGACGACGUCGUGGCCCUGUUGUACUCGUCAGGCACGACGGGGACGAGCAAAGGCGUGAUCUUGACGCAUAGGAACUUCAUUUCGACCUCCGUAAUGGUGACUGCCGAUCAGGAUAGGCACAAGGAGGGCAAGAAUGUGUUCUUGGCCUUCUUGCCGAUGUUCCACAUAAUGGGUCUGUCGGUGAUAGUGUACGCGCAGCUCGCGAGAGGGAACACCAUCGUGACGCUGAGGAAGUUCGAGUUGGAGAAGGUCUUGGAGUGUGUGGAGAAGUACCGGGUGAGUUGCUUGUAUGUGGCUCCUCCGGUGAUGGUCGCGCUGGCGAAGCACGGCGCGGUGAGGAAGUAUGAUUUGUCUUCCUUGAGGCUGAUUGGCUCUGGCGCUGCUCCUCUGGGUAAGGAUGUUAUGGAGGAGUGCGCAAAGAAUAUCCCCCAUGCCGAUAUCAUUCAGGGAUAUGGUAUGACAGAAACUUGUGGGAUCAUAUCGCUGGAGAAUCCCAGGGAAGAACCUGAACUUUCUGGUUCUACCGGAACACUCGUUUCAGGAGUGGAAUCUAAAAUUGUCUGUAUGGAAAGAUCGACGCCUCUUCCGCCGAAUCAGCUGGGAGAAAUUUGGCUUCGAGGACCGAAUAUGAUGAAAGGUUAUCUCAACAACCCACAAGCAACGAGGCUGACCAUAGAUGAUGAAGGAUGGGUGCACACAGGAGAUCUUGGGUAUUUUAAUAAAGAGGGGCAAUUAUUUGUUGUUGACCGGUUAAAAGACCUCAUCAAGUGUUAUGGCUUUCAGGUGGCACCAGCAGAGCUUGAGGGACUGCUGCUUUCACAUCCUGAAAUACUAGAUGCCGUCGUCAUCCCGUUUCCUGAUGCUAAAGCCGGCGAAGUUCCAAUUGCAUAUGUUGUUCGGUCACCUAACAGCUCACUCACCGAAGCCAGUGUCCAGGAAUUCAUUGCCAACCAGGUUGCGCCGUUCAAAAGGUUGCGAAAUGUGACUUUCAUAAAAAGCGUGCCCAAAACACCGUCCGGGAAAAUUCUGAGAAGAGAACUCAAAGAGAAAGCUCGAUCCAAGAUAUAAGAUGCCUUAGAUUUGCGCAACUGAAAAGGAUAUGUAGAUCCACUUCGCAAUCGACCUCUCGACGAAUUGGCCGGCCCAUCCUUUAAAAGGUUAGCGAGAGACUGACUCACAUGAACUUUGAUUUAGAUGUUCUUCUCCUAGGAAUUGAAUGGGGCAGUAAAGUUUUUCCA